UUUCUCUUUCGUUCUUUCUUUUUUCUCGCGAUACGGCCGGCGGGAAGGCUUCGAGAUCGAUAUAACAAGUCGAUUGAAGCUGCCAGAAAUCGAUUUAGGAUGUCUACGGCUGAAGAACCGUUGUAUCCAAUAGCUGUCCUUAUAGAUGAGCUAAAAAAUGAUGACAUUCAACUACGUUUGAACUCAAUCCGUAGGCUAUCAACGAUUGCAUGUGCUCUUGGGGAAGAGCGAACCAGGAAGGAAUUAAUUCCAUUUCUGAGUGAAAACAAUGACGACGAUGACGAGGUGCUUCUUGCAAUGGCUGAGGAGUUGGGAGUGUUUAUUCCCUAUGUUGGGGGUGUUGAGCAUGCACAUGUUUUGCUGCCACCUUUGGAAACCCUUUGCACUGUUGAGGAAACCUGUGUGAGGGACAAAGCUGUCGAAUCAUUGUGUAGAAUUGGGUCUCAAAUGAGGGAGAAUGACUUGGUUGAAUGGUUUAUUCCUCUAGUCAAGAGGCUGGCUGCUGGUGAAUGGUUUACAGCUCGAGUUUCAGCUUGCGGGCUGUUUCAUAUUGCUUAUCCAAGUGCCCCUGAGAUGUUGAAAACAGAAUUACGGUCAAUAUACAAUCAGUUGUGUCAAGAUGACAUGCCUAUGGUAAGGAGGUCUGCCGCAUCAAAUCUGGGGAAAUUUGCUGCAACAGUGGAAUCUGCUCAUUUGAAGGCUGACAUCAUGCAAAUCUUUGAGGAUCUUACACAAGAUGAUCAAGAUUCAGUUCGAUUAUUGGCUGUUGAGGGAUGCGCUGCUCUUGGAAAGUUGUUAGAGUCCCAGGAUUGCGUUGCACACAUUCUCCCCGUUAUUGUCAAUUUCUCUCAGGAUAAAUCUUGGCGUGUGCGUUAUAUGGUUGCAAAUCAAUUAUAUGAGCUUUGUGAAGCUGUGGGGCCAGAGCCUACUAGGACGGACUUGGUGCCUGCAUAUGUGCGGUUACUUCGUGAUAAUGAGGCUGAAGUCCGCAUAGCAGCUGCCGGGAAAGUAACUAAAUUUUGUCGAAUUUUGAGUCCAGAGCUUGCAAUCCAACACAUUCUUCCUUGUGUGAAGGACCUGUCAUCAGAUUCUUCCCAACAUGUCCGCUCUGCUUUGGCUUCAGUUAUAAUGGGAAUGGCUCCUGUCCUUGGUAAGGAUGCAACUAUCGAGCAGCUUCUUCCAAUAUUUCUCUCCCUUCUGAAGGAUGAAUUUCCUGAUGUGCGCCUCAACAUAAUCAGCAAGCUUGAUCAAGUUAAUCAGGUUAUUGGAAUUGAUCUAUUGUCCCAAUCCUUAUUACCAGCCAUUGUUGAGCUUGCAGAGGAUAGACAUUGGAGGGUUCGGCUUGCAAUAAUUGAGUAUAUACCAUUAUUGGCAAGUCAGUUGGGUGUUGGGUUUUUUGAUGAUAAACUUGGUGCCCUUUGCAUGCAAUGGAUGCAGGAUAAGGUUUAUUCUAUUCGAGAUGCAGCUGCUAACAAUUUAAAGCGUCUUGCUGAAGAAUUUGGCCCAGAAUGGGCUAUGCAGCACAUUAUUCCACAGGUAUUAGAGAUGGUUAACAAUUCGCACUAUCUGUAUCGGAUGACCAUUCUACGUGCCAUUUCUCUCCUGGCUCCUAUUAUGGAGUCAGAAAUAACAUGUUCUAAACUGUUGCCAGUCGUCAUCAAUGCAUCAAAGGACAGGGUCCCCAACAUUAAGUUUAAUGUGGCAAAGGUUUUGCAGUCUCUCAUUCCCAUAGUUGAUCAGUCUGUGGUGGAGAAGACAAUCCGUCCAUGCUUGGUGGAGCUCAGCGAGGACCCAGAUGUUGAUGUCCGCUAUUUCGCUAACCAAGCACUUCAGUCUAUCGACCAUGUCAUGAUGUCCAGCUAGGAUAGACCUGUUUCACCCAAUCAUCAACGACCUCGUCACCGGAGGUACUUUAUUCUUCCUCAUUAGGUUGGUUUUCUCUUUCCUAAUGCUCUGAUUGGUAGCUUUGUUGUAUCAUUGUGGCUGACCAUAUGCUCAAGCUUUUUUUGGCUACUGAAAAUGUGCUCAAGCUUGAGAGGCAUAUCCCUAAUUAAUUUUUUAUAUAUGUGAUUUUUGUUGUUUA